AUGUAUGGUUAUUGUAAAAAUGAUUAUUUUAUGCAAGAGUAUGGCCGCAUUCAGAAUGGAUUGCUCUCGCAUUCGGAAUGCGUGACUCUAUCAGCAUCCAAAUUUUAUUUUCAACUUUGCUGUUGUGAUAGAGAAUUGAAGAAAUGUGAAUCACUAGAAAAUGAAUUAAUAAUCGAUCCUAGUAUAACGACAGUGACUGAUCUUGACUUGAAUCAAAACAAAAAAAGCGAAACUUUACGCCGAAAAUAUAAUGAAAAAUUAGAAAGACUGUACUACAACAGGCCUCAAAUCUUUCAAACUUCGGAAACAACAACAUUUGUUCUCCGUGACAUAGAAGAUGCGUUGCCUAGUGAAACUCGUUCUUGUCGAUCUAUUUAUCAUUUUGAAACUUUUGAUGACGUCGAGGACUUGAAAAUGACUGUUGCAAUGGGAUGUACAAUCGGACGGAGAAUUAAAGGAACCGGGCUUUAUCACUGUAAAUACAGAAAUCCGAUUUGUCCAUCGGAAAGUAAUUUUGUGGAAGACGAUGUGCUUAUAGAUUGUUGUUGUGAAGGAUAUCAUUUAUGUAAUCAUGACAUGACCGUAUACCAUGCCAUCAAUCGCUUUCCUGAAUUUUUACAAAAUCCGAUAUGCUCUCAGCCAUCAGCGUUCAGAUUUGUAUUCCUUCCGAAAACAUAUCCAUAUUGUGCAGUGCAUUAUGAUUAUGUAUUAAAAAAAGUAGUCUUUCUACAAACUUAUCUUAAUAUGGAUUUGCUACGAGAGCAAGAUCACAAAGCUUAUGAACAAGAAGGCUGUCAAUUUAUUGAAACAAAGCCACAAUUGAAUAUACCAUACGACUGUAAUGAUGAUUUAUAUAAACGUGAAGACACAUCAAUCGGUCGAAUUACAUACUUAUGCACAUGUGUUGGCAAACCUUUAUCAGGAAGUGAUUUUUUAAAAAUUAUAGCCGAAACUUAUUGGUGUUACGAUCAAUUGCUCUUAGAAUAUGAAUCAGGAAAAACUAUUGCUUAUUGGUCUAGUGGUGAGGUGAAAAUCAGGGAAAAACCAAAAAUUCGAGAAACUUGCAUGGGAAUGGCGCCUGAAACUGGACCAUACACAUGUAUAUCAGACCCGUUUUCGGUUUUAUGUUGCUGUAAGAAUGAUAACAAUGUUCCAUGCAAUAAACAAAAAACAAUGCUAAAAUUUUAUAUGCGCGAAGUGAGAACAUUUAAUAAUUUAUUAUGGAAAAAAGAAGAACAAAAAUAUCGUAACGAACGGUAUCACUGUAUUAAUUCAGAAAAAAAAGCACAAAAUUGUCAAGCAGUAUUGGGUUGCUAUGAAGUUCGUUUAGCUCAAUCUAAUCUCAUCAAAAACCAUGGACUUUCAGUUGAGCUAAAUAACGUGAAACAUAUGUCAAAUUCAUCGUUUCCAUGGGGUUGUAUUUCUGAUAUUGAUGAUAUAUUACUACAAAGCUACCCAUAUCUAGCGACAUGUUUGAACUAUGCUCGUAAAGGAUAUAUCGAACGUUGCUUUUACACGGGUGAACGUGAUUUAGAAACUGAUACACCCAUAAUAAUGUGUUGUUGUAAUUCAAAUAUAUACGGCGACUGUUUACAUCAAAUGAAAACUUCACAGUUUGGAUAUUUAUUUAUGAACAUAUCUAUUUAA